CGAUGGUAAAGUAGGCGAAGCAUAGCCCAAAGCAAAUGUGUUUCAUAACAAUCCGGCACCAAUCGCAAAUUCACACAAUUUGGAGCUGCUCAUUGCAGCAUUAUAUUUUUGAAUAACAACUUUUGAAAUUCUGAAUUAACUGUGUUCGAAACAUUAAAUUGCAGUACAGAAAUGAGUGGUCAAAUCGCGCGUCUUGCGGGAAGGCGAUAUAUUUCGAUUUUGAGUCGAGUUUGGUCAGGGACAAACGGAGCUGCUAAAAAUUCGGAAGAUGCACUUCGGAAAACGCUUCAGAUCAAAUUUCCGCAGGCCACAAACGUAGUGGUUAGCGACAUCUCCGGCGGAUGUGGCUCAAUGUACGAGAUAUAUGUGGAAACGAACGAGUUCAAGGGGCUGUCCACGGUGAAGCAGCACCGACUGAUAACGGAAACGCUGAAGAGCGAAAUCAAGGACAUGCACGGGCUCAGGAUACACACGGCCGUGCCAAGCAAGUGAAUGGGAGGAAAUGUAUAUCAUAGAAUAAACUAUUUGCUGUGAUCUCUGAA